GUGUGUCUUCAUGCUCUUGAGGCCAUUUUUGACUGAUGACACGGCCUUAGCUCAAUUGCUAUGCGCCAAGCAGAGCAAUCACUCAGCGGAGAGCAUUGGGGUGUAUCUACGUAAAGUGAAGCAAGCUAUCUCCACAACGGCAGCUCGAUUCUCUGGAUUUAUGCAACACGAUGCGCAAGAGUUUCUCUGUCAGUGCCUGGAUCAACUCAAAGACGACACCGAAAGGGCCAACAAGAGGGCGCUAAACUCCCCCUUGGACGAGACCCCAGGGACGAAUGAUGAUAAAAUUAAACUGAGGUUUCGCUAUCCGCACGACUGCCCGAUUGUCAAGAACUUUGAAUUUGAAGUCAUGCACUCGACGAUCUCUCGCUGGACAUGCCCAGAAGGAGGUUUGGCAAUUAUUUUUUCUCUCUUGAGAAUACUCUUUUUUUUUUUUUUACUUUUGGCUCUGGCUCAACAAAGUUCUAAAAUAUUUUUUCCGUUUUGUUUUCCUCCCCGUUUUGUGGCCACAUAACAUUCAGUUGGGAGGGUUCUGAUUUUAUGCUAUGAUAUUAUUCUAGAACUCUUGUAUAUAAGAUACUCUCGUAUCUUGUAUAUAAACCUUUAUUUUAUUCCUGAGACGAUGUGAUUUGUUGGGCUGCUUCUAGUGCGGGUGUUGUGCUGACAUUUGUUUCCUUUAGUCUUUAAGUGACUGUUUUAUUGUGUCCUGUAUUGUGCAUUGUAUUUUUAUAAUUGUGUGCUAUGUUACUGGAGUGUUAAAAACAGUACAGGAGAUCUUGUUAAUGUCAUAAUGUAUUCCCUAAUUUUGAACGAUAUAUUGUGUAUUUUGAAUAUCUUUUUAAGCACGAGAUCCAAGGCAAUAUCUAUUGUAAUCUGUACAUGUAUUGAGAAUGUUCUCCUUUUUGGAUUACUUUCGGCUCUUCCUCAAAGUUCUCAAAUGUCAGAAUUUUUUUCCCCACAUACAAGGUA